AAGAUCCGCACGUCCCGCACCUUCUGGCGGCCCAAGACACUGCAACUCCGGAGGCAGUGUCCUUGGAAGAGCACCCCCAGGAGAAACAAGCUUGACCACUAUGCUGUCAUCAAGUUUCCACUGACCACUGGGUCAGCCAUGAAAAAGAUAGGAGACAACAACACACUUGUGUUCAUGGUGGAUGUUCAAGCCAACAACCCCCAGAUCAAACAGGCUGUGAAGAAGCUCUAUGACACUGACGUGAUCGAGGUCAACACCCUGACAUUCAGUCUGAUGGAGAAGAAGGCAUAUGUUCAACUGGCUCCUGAUUACAAUGCUUUGGGUGUUGCCAACAAAAUUGGGAUCAUCUAA